AUGAACCCUAAAACCCCACAGGCUCUGCCGGAGUACCACCGAAUGCUGCGCACAGUGGCCAAGCAGUACUGCCACAUGCGCACCGUGCUGCGACAGCUGGGAGUCAUCGCAGCCCCCCUCAAGACCGCAUCCCGGGAGUGGUUCUGCUAUGCCGAGUUCCGAUGGGCUGUCUCUAUGGUGAUGAUGAGGCAGACGCAGGUGCCAGUGUCAGCAGAGGCACUAGAGGCAGCAGUGAAGAAGAACCCCAGUGCUGCCGCUGCUGGUGUUGCAGGCACCCCUGCUGAAGCUGCUGCCAAUGCUGCUGCUACUGCCGCUGCUGAAGCUGCUGCUGCUGCUAGCUCUGCUGCUGCUGGUGAUGCUGUUGCUGGCGAUGCUGGUGGUGGUGAUGCUGCUGCUGGUAGUGCUGACGCUAGUGCUGUCCCUGCUGCUGACGCGUCAACUGCAGCAGCAGCUGCUGCGCCUGUUCGUCAAGUUAUGGCGCUCAUCCCCUUUAUAGACAUGUUCAACCAUGAGGAGGGUCCUAUAACGAGUACGUUUGGCGGUGGGAGCAACGUGAUGGAGGUCACUGCCAAGCGCAACUUCAAGGCCGGCGAGCAGAGACCGCUUCCGGUGAGCUUCCACUCCCUGCUGCUCCCCCCUCCCUGCUGCUCCCCCCUCCCUGCUGCUCCCCCCUCCCUGCUGCUCCCCCCUCCCUGCUGCUCCCCCCUCCCUGCUGCUCCCCCCUCCCUGCUGCUCCCCCAUCCCUGCUGCUCCCCCCUCCCUGCUGCUCCCCCCUCCCUGCUGCUCCCCCCUCCCUGCUGCUCCCCCCUCCCUGCUGCUCCCCCCUCCCUGCUGCUCCCCCCUCCCUGCUGCUCCCCCCUCCCUGCUGCUCCCCCCUCCCUGCUGCUCCCCCCUCCCUGCUGCUCCCCCCUCCCUGCUGCUCCCCCCUCUCUGCUGCCCCGCACUCCCUGCUGCCCCGCACUCCCUGCUGCCCUCACUCCGCCACGUCCCCCAUUCACUGCCAAUGAUUGCCUCUCCUUAUCUGCCUGCCCCUCCUUACCUGCCUGUCACUCAUGUUUCUGCCCCUCUCUGUCUGUCUUUGCCCCUCCCUGUUCUGCCCCGUCUGUCUCUACCCCUCUCCUUUCUGCCCCUCCCUGUCUGUCUCUUCCCCUCAUCUGCCCGCCAACAGCAUACCACUGGAGCUGUCACCCUCCGACCCACUCUACAAUAAGAAGGUACGCCAAGUGGCAGGAAGUCAGUAUGUACCUGGCACUCCUCAAGUGGCUGGAGCUACCGCCCUCCACCCAUCUGGACCUCUUCUGGACUGGCAAGCCAUCUCCGGAGCUGGCCACAUGGCUUAGAGUGGCGACCACCACUGAUGAGGCGCAGAUCACAGAGGAUCUGCGAGGAGCCAUUGCUGCACGCGCCAAGGAGACAGCUGAACUACUGGAGGCACAUGGGAAGGAUAAAGCAACAACGAACGGCCAUGCUGAACCAACCAGCAAACCAGCCAGCAGUGCAGAUGUAACUCUGACCAAGGCUCAAGCCGACCUGCUCAGCAGUAUCUGCCAACGCAAGCUUCAGGAGCUUCAAGCAGGAGCCACAGCAGCAUCACCUGCACCUGCUGGUUUAGGCUUGGGUGGAGGCUUGGACACUCGUUCGGCAGGAGCCAAGGCGUGUGAGAAGGAACUGCAGCUGGCUCGACAGCUAAGGGAGGCGGAGGAAGGGGCUUUGAGCAAGGCACUGGAGAUGUGUGGUCUAGUGAGCGCUUAA